AUGGGCUAUUGGUUCUUAUUAGUGGAGCAUAAAGACAAUAAUUUGAAGAUGGUUUUGUUUCUACUGCUUGAUUUAAGUGAGAAAUAUCCUGAAACACAAGCAAUUUUUGAGAGAAAUAGUUCUGUUGGUGGAAAAACCUUAUGCAGGUAUUACAAAGGGAAUAAGAGACCAAAGAUAAUUGUAUCUAUUUCGACUGAUGUUGUGAUUUUGAAUAAAGUUGCUAGAUUGAAUAAGUGUCCUUUGAAAAGUUCUCUUGUUAGAGUUUCACAAAAAUUACCAAAGGUGCUUGACAAUAAUGAAGAUGCUAUUUUUUGUGUGAUAAUAAGUGAUUAUAUUAGUG